UGCGGCCAAAGCGAAGACGUCAUUGUGCGCUCGUCCACAUCACAGUAGCAACAUCACCAACAAACUGUUACUUAAGUAAGCCGGCUUAUUUAUAACCUUAAAGCUGGAAUUAAAGAAGAUGCGACAUAAGACAGAGGGGGAGCGCCGCUCGAUGUUGUGACGCAUGCGCGGCUUCGACCCUACGGAGCCGGCUAGAGGAGCCGGCGCUGCACAAAGCGAGUACCCGCCGCCGCCGGCACGCACUGACCCGGCCCAACAUAUAUGUACCGCGACUACUGGACACGUUUGCAACGCACUUUCAUCUCCUGCUAUUAAAACGAGCAUGUGAUAAAACUGAACGCUGAAACGUAGCGUAUCGUAGUGUUUCUUUAGUAGCCAACUCAAAGUUAUCAUGUACAAGACGGUGAGACACGGUGAGAACAGUCUGCAGUACACUAUUCUGCCGCAGACGGAAGAAGUGUUGAGCAACAGCGGUCUCAAGGGCAAGGGACGCGACUACAGCCCCUCCAUUAAAGUCCGCCGCACCCAGAAGGGGUAUAAUUUGAGAUGUGUUUUAACGGUAGUUUUUGUAAUUGUUGGCACGCUCUCUAUAUCAUAUCUUCCGGUGUACUUUAUGCAUGUGGCUCGGGAGAACCGUAAAAACGAAAUUUGCUCUACUGCUUGCAGGGAAAUUAAAACAAGGAAGAAGGAACUCAAGUUUAUGCCCGAAUUCAUUACAACCACAAAUGACAAACUUGAGACAACCACGCAAUCUUUAGUAACAUCUCCAAAUAUCCUUACAACCGUUAUCCGUGAAAGGGCGACGACUCCGCCGUGGACGAUGCCCGCUUUGAGGUCUUGGAAGGGCUUAACACCCGCGACGACGCUGCGGCCCGCACCGACUGAAAAUAUAGAGAAAAUUCCCCUAAUCGGCACUCCAUCUGGCAGCGUCCGCUUAUUAGAUAACUAUAUGUCUGUGAAACCCUGGGAGAAGGACAUCAUAAUAAGACCCACAGUUACCCCGGAACCGAUGACCGUUCGAAGUAUAUUUAAGUAUUAUUCCCAAUUCGGUGCUACUUCGGAUAAACCUAUUACUAGUAAUAUGAAAGGGGAUGAUGUGUUAAUCACAACCAGGGCAACAUCCACGCCAUCACCAAUAACAACGGAGUCAACAACGACAUUGCCAAUACUUGAAGACGAGCAAUCUUUGGAAAUCGACGACGUGUUCUCGCUAUCUACAUUGAAGGGAGAUCCGGGAAUAUCCGGCCCGAUCGUGGACUCUGGUGAAGUGACAGUAUCUAAGGCGACAGGUGGCUGGUAUGGAGCUCGAUGGCCAUUCGUCGAUCCUUCAUCUUAUUUCCAAUGGACGGGUUACUCGGUGGCGGACAAUAUGUUACUGCCGCUGCUUAUGACUGCUAUGUUCUCCAUUAUCCUCGUGCUGGUACUGGCGCUGACACUACGUCGUCGCAAGAGAACAUCCACGGCUUCUGAACAGAUUGGGAAGUUAACUGCCGAUCUUCAAGAUGAUGUUACUAACCUUCUGCAGGCUGAAAAUCCUGAAGAUCCCGAGGAAUGAACUACACAAACCAGAUCGCUUGUUCAUGUAGCUUCUUUAAGAGUACAAGUAACAGUAUGCCUUAUGUACAAUUGAAAUAAAGCUUAUAAUCCCAAUGUCCUUAGUUGUACAUUAGGCAUCAGAGCACAGUAUAAUCAUUUAUUAGCUAAAUAUGUAGUUUUGAGAUGACAAAAGACAGGCAUAUCCGAGUAUACUCUUUUACGUAUCGGUUUGAAUCUUUCAAUGCCUGUUAUUUGUAAAUAUACGGUUUGUAGGACCUGCGUCGCACAGGUCAAUGGAUAUGGUUUGCAUAUUCAGAGAUACGAUAUAAUAUUGUGUAGGUAAGUCUAUUUUGUAAUCGCAUUACAUAUUGGAAUGUAAUUUAGAUAUGUAUUAUUGUGUCAAAUGCCAAAGUUGCUAAAAUUAUUUUUGUUACAAAUUAUAAUCUACAUUCAUAAUUUUUAAAUGACAUUUGGCUGACACUGCUGGGUAGAUGUAGAAUUAAAUUAAAUUUUCGAUAUACCGACAUAUAAGCGAUAUUAGAACGUUAUCAUGAGCUUGCUAGACAGUUUUUAUCAUCGCUGAAUUUAUUUUAAAUACAUAAAUACCUAUGAGACAUAAAUAUUGACGUAUUACGUAUAUCAUAUCUCUGAAAACUCAAAUAUACGACUCGACAGUAUUAACUAAAACCCUGUGGUAUAUAUGUAAUUCUACAUAGUCGUACAUAUAUGUGUAGUUACGAUAGGCUAAGUUCAAAUUUAUUAUCGAUCUUGAUGUAACACGUUUUUAUGUCGCAUUCUAUUUGUCCAUUUCUUAUUCGUGUAUCUAUGGCACGUUUUAUAUGCUGCGACAGAUUCCAAGAUGGCGUCAUAAAGCGAGGGAAAGCACAGCCCCUUGAAACAAAAGGUCUUCGUAGCAAUCACGCGAUUGCUUCUUACCGCAAGCGAUUUACUAGUUUCCUACAUUGACAAUAGGUUUGCAUUUGAAGUUUUCUCGAAUGUUCAUCGCAUAAUGUUCCUUAAAUUUUCAAUCUAAAGAGAUGCAGUUUGCUUCAUCUGUAUUUAUUCUUUCCAUAUUAUAGAAAUAAGACUGAUAUGUUGCAUUUUACUAUACUCGAUUUACUAAGUUGUGUUUAUUAAAAGGAGUGGUAUUACAAACUGAAUGUGAGAAAAUUUGUGGGAGGAGCAUCAGGUAAAUGUGAUAAAUGUAUUAGAUGAUUGAAAAAUAUUUUCCAUAUAUCUUCAUAUCAGAAUUUGCAGUUUAAAGGUUUACUAUAAAAAGGUAAGGUCUAUCAAAGAUAUUUCUGGAACAAAAUAAAAUUUGAAGGAUUUCGAAAUUGUUCGUGUGCUUCCGAAGAUAAGAAAAUGAACCAUGUUUUGUUGAAAGUGUUCACUUCAGGUACCUAAAAAAAUGUUUUGUUUCACUUCAUCAAUUGAGAUAAUAUUGUUUCUAUACAUGUUUUAGCAGUGAAAACUCAAGUAUCAAAAGUGUACUAACAUAACCGAAUCGCACGUAUUGAUAAGAUUUAGGUACCGUACCGGAUUAGCUUGUGACGAGUUUCAUGUUAAGGCAGAGUGGUUAUUUUUUACGCUGGACAUCCAUCAUGUAUAUAAGCAAAUAAAUAAAUUAUGUUUUUCC